GCGUAUGUUCAGUGAGACAGCCGGUGCGUAGUAAUAUUGGCGACCAUGGGCUCGCCUUCAGUCGUUCUUCCUAAGGUGGUCGACGGUGAGAAGGAGGGCACGGCCCGCCGUGCCAAAUGGUGGUACGUGACGUUCCACAAUGUCACCGCGAUGGUCGGCGCCGGCGUGCUCAGCCUGCCCUACGCCAUGGCUCACCUGGGAUGGGGGCCAGGGAUAGUGGCGUUGCUGGUGUCGUGGUGCAUCACGCUGUACACGCUGCGGCUGCUGAUCGAGCUCCACGAGUGCGUGCCUGGCGUGCGGUUCGACCGGUAUCGCGACCUGGGCGUGCACGCGCUCGGCCCGCGGCUGGGCCUGUGGGUGGUGGUGCCGCAGCAGCUCAUCGUGCAGCUCGGCUGCGACGUGGUCUACAUGGUCACCGGCGGCAACUGCCUGCAGAAGUUCGCCGAGUCGGUGUGCCCGAGCUGCACGCGGCUGCAUCAGUCCUACUGGAUCUGCAUCUUCGGCUCCUCCCAGUUCCUGCUCUCCCAGCUGCGCGACCUCAACUCCAUCACCGCCAUCUCUCUCGCCGCCGCCGUCAUGUCCCUCAGCUACUCCACCAUAUCAUGGGCGGCGUGCCUGGCCAAGGGCCCCGUCGCCGGGGUGAGCUACGCGUACAAGGCCGGCACGGCGGCGGACUCGGUGUUCCGGGUGUGCAGCGCGCUGGGGCAGGUGGCGUUCGCGUUCGCCGGGCACGGCGUCGUCUUGGAGAUCCAGGCCACCAUCCCGUCCACGCCCACCAAGCCGUCCAAGGUGCCCAUGUGGAAGGGCACCGUCGCCGCCUACAUGGUCACCGCCGCCUGCUACUUCCCCGUGGCGUUCAUCGGGUACUGGACCUUCGGCCAGGACGUGAGCGACAACGUGCUCGUGGCGCUGGAGCGCCCGCCCUGGCUCGUCGCCGCGGCCAACAUGAUGGUGGUCAUCCAUGUCAUCGGGAGCUAUCAGGUAUACGCAAUGCCAAUAUUCGAAAGCAUGGAAACAUUUCUGAUCACGAGGUUCAGGGUUCCUCCCGGGUUGCUCCUCCGUCUGGUGGCUCGAUCUACAUACGUCGCAUUCACACUGUUCGUCGCCGUGACGUUCCCGUUCUUCGGCGACCUCCUCGGCUUCUUCGGGGGCUUCGGGUUCACGCCCACCUCCUUCUUCCUCCCCUGCAUCCUGUGGCUGAAGAUCAAGAAGCCUCCGAGGUUGAGCGCGUCGUGGUUCGCCAACUGGGGGUGCAUCGUUGUUGGGGUGCUGCUGAUGCUGGUUUCCACCAUGGGCGGGUUAAGGAGCAUCAUCCAGGACGCCUCCACGUUCCAGUUCUAUUCGUGAAGGUGCACGCGCGGCUAGGUAGCUGGAGGUGGCCAUCCUGCCUACAAUGUAACAGUAGGCUCUUACCGAAUCACUCAAGGUCGUUGGCUUCGAUUCAGAGGGUGACCUGCAUCUGCGGAGUGUCAAACUAAUGUCGUGACAUGCGAAUGGUAGAUGAUGUCCGAGUGAUCGGCGUAGUACCUUGUGCCCGUCACUUAAUAAACCUUGUCCAUACUAUGCUGCAAUACAGAUCGUGUGCUUUGUCA